AUGAAGCCUAUACAAAUAAUUGGCUUCACUCCAUUGGGUGUUAUUCUAGCUGAACGACUUACGUAUUCACAAAAUAAUAUAUCAAAAACCUAUUCAGAUAUUUAUCUUAUCGAACAAAUAUCUUCUUUAUCAAUUGAUGAUCAUUGGCAGAGUGUUAGUCUUUUUUGUUUGAUCAAUUUAUUAAAACAAUGUCGGAUAUUAUUAUCUGAUAAUUCGAAAAAAUUUGGUAUUAAUAUUAAACAUAUACAUAUGAACGAACAAUUGGUCUAUUCAUAUAUAAAAUUAGCAACACAAUGUGUACAAAAAUAUUAUUUAAAUUUAUUAAAAAAACGUCAAAUUAAAUUUCGAUCAUUCGAUGAUCAGAUAGAGAAUAAUGAACAUGUAAAAGAAAGUUCAUUGAAUAAACAAAUUUAUCAAUCUUAUUUUUCUUCAUUAAAAUCAAAUAAUCAUGAGAAUUACAUAACAUACAUGACUUAUAGUCAUUCAGAUUAUUCCCACUUUGAUCAAAGUCUUCGUUUAAAUGCAUUUCAUACUAUUUUUCAGUAUCUUUUAUCAUAUCCAACAGUUAAAUUUAUAGGUCCUGAUAUAUUUACAUUUGAAUUUGCUUAUCUACUUUAUUCACUUGGAUAUAAUCAAAUAUAUCUUUAUCGAAUGUAUCCAAAUGAAACAUCGUUAAUACCUAUUUCAAAAACAAAUACAAAUCUUGUGACACUUUUUCAAAUUUUUUUCAAAUCUAUUCAUAAAUCAAUUAUACAAACAAAUUCAAAUGAAAACCAUCGAACGAUAUUACAUCUUAUCGAACAAUUUCAUGAAUUUAAAAUGAAUUUUGAUGCUGAUGGACAAUUAGAAUAUGAGAAAUAUAUUGAACCGAUUAUGCCUAUAACUCGAACAUCAGUAGAGAUAAAAAAAUCGAAACGAACAUAUUUAGAAACAUUUCGACAACAAAAUCAAGGGGAAUUAUUUACAAAAUUUAGUACAUCAAAUAAUAAAAUCUCUACCAUUGAAGACACACCAAUUAAUAACGAAGAAGAAUCAUCAGAUGAUUAUUUUCCACCAUCAUCGACAUUUUUUGUUUUAACCGAUAUAAAUACCCCAUCUAAUUUAACCAUUCCUUCGAAAAUACCAUUUCCAAACGCAAUUCGUACUUUUUAUAGUACACCAAGUUCAUUAAUUCAAAAUAUAUAUAAAACAUUACGAACAAUUGCGAAUGAUGAAACAAUUCCAGAUCUAACAAAUAUUUUUCUAUCAGUUGAUCAUGAACUUUGUGUGAUCCAAAAUCAUACAAUAAUUAAAAAUGAUGAAUUCGGAAAGGAUGAAAUAUUUCAAUCUCAACAACAUGAUUUACAACGACCUAUUGAAAAUCUUCAUGAUUUAAAUAAAAUCAUACAACGACCUAUAAAUUCAUCUGGUCAAUUAAGAUUAUAUGAAUCACAAUUAUUUGAAAAUGAUGCAUUAGAUUUACAAUCAUUACUACUUUUAUUUAAUCCUCGAAAAGAAAUUCCUAAAAAUGAACUUAUAUUCUUAUUUCAUAAUGAAUAUGAUUGGCAUAAUCUAUUAGUAUUACCUAAUCAUCUUAUAUAG